GAAGGGAUCGUAAACAAGCGCGCUAGGGUAGGGGUGAGAGAGCAGAAGCGGCUAACCGUAUUUUGUAGUUACGUUUUUACUUACAAGUGUUUGUGGAUAAAAUAUAUCUUUCCAACUUCAGCUACAGUGAUAGCUACGUUUGGAAAGGAGAACAGGGCAGAUAGUGUGGGUUUACCGUCGAUAGCCAAAUAGUAUGCACAAAGGUAUCCAGCGCCAAUAAUAUCUACAAUAGAACGCGUAUUUACCCAAUUAACUUGUCAAUACUAUAAUGGAUAAUUCUGGAACUAAACAACGUUGUUGCGAAUCUAUGAAAGAUUUUUUUACAUCAGCUAAGUUUCUUAUCUAUCUGGGACAUGCCUUAUCAACUUGGGGUGAUCGAAUGUGGAACUUUGCUGUGGCAGUCUUCCUUGUGGAGCUGUAUGGCAACAGCCUUCUUCUCACAGCCGUGUACGGACUGGUAGUUGCGGGGUCAGUGCUUUUACUAGGGGCCAUUAUCGGCGAUUGGGUGGACAAAAGUCCUAGACUCAAAGUGGCUCAGACUUCACUGAUUGUCCAGAAUUGUGCUGUCAUACUGUGUGGAAUCCUGUUGAUGGUGGUUUUCCAGUUUAAAGAACAGUUGGCAGAGAUUUACAAUGGAUGGGUUCUGACAUCGUGCUACAUACUAGUCAUCACCAUCGCCAACAUUUCUAACUUAGCCAGCACUGCUACCUCCAUUACCAUCCAGAGAGACUGGGUUGUUGUUGUGGCUGGACAGGAUAGCAGCAAACUUGCAGAUAUGAACGCAACAGUCCGGAUUAUUGAUCAGAUGACCAACAUCCUGGCACCUAUGUUAGUAGGACAAAUUAUGGCUUUUGGUUCUCAUUUCAUUGGCUGUGGAUUCAUUUCGGGCUGGAACUUGUGUUCAAUGUGUCUGGAGUACUGCCUGUUGUGGAAAGUAUAUCAGAAAACCCCUGCACUGGCUGUGAAAGCUAUCAAAAAACAAGAGGACCUGGAGCUUAAAUACCUCAACACUCAGAAAGAUUUGGAAAAUGGCCAGAGCCCUGUUGAGUCCUCGCAGCUCAUGAAUGAGACUGUGCUGGACAAAAAAAAACACCCUAUGAAAGUUAGCUGUUGCUACCAGAUGAUGGAACCCAUACGCACCUUUAAAGCAGGCUGGGUCGCCUACUACAACCAGUCCAUCUUCUUUGCUGGCAUGUCCCUCUCCUUUCUUUACAUGACUGUCCUAGGCUUUGACUGUAUCACAACUGGCUAUGCAUAUACACAGGGUCUUAAUGGCUCAGUGCUCAGCCUGCUAAUGGGUGCUUCGGCUGUGUCUGGGAUCUGUGGUACGGUAGCCUUUACCUGGGUACGCAAGAAGAUUGGUUUGAUUCGUACAGGUUUCAUCUCGGGUAUGGCCCAGCUCUCCUGCCUCAUUCUGUGUGUGGCAUCUGUCUUUACACCUGGCAGCUCUUUCGACCUCAGUAUCUCACCCUUCCAGGACAUCUAUAGUCGCCUGAUAGGGGACAGUGGCCCCUUGCCAAACGCUGAUGACAGUCUGACGAGUACUCUGUAUGGAACUGAGCUGUUUCUUAACAGCUCCACUGUCCAACCUGAGCUGCCACCUUUGCAGCCCUACCUGUCAGUCAGCCUGCUGUUUGCAGGAGUCAUUGCUGCUAGAGCAGGUCUAUGGUCCUUUGACUUGACUGUGACCCAGCUCAUCCAAGAAAAUGUGAUUGAGUCAGAGAGGGGAGUCAUCAACGGCGUUCAGAACUCCAUGAACUACCUCCUGGACCUGUUGCACUUCAUCAUGGUGAUUUUGGCACCUAAUCCAGAGGCUUUUGGGCUGCUGGUCAUUAUCUCAGUGUCUUUUGUCGCCAUGGGCCACAUAAUGUAUUUCAGGUUUGCCUUCAACAGUCUUAGGAGUCGGCUCUUCCUCUGCUGCUCACCAGAGCAGAAGUCGGAGGCAGACCCACCCUCACUUCCUACCACUGUGUAAUACCCCUCUUAACCCAUUUCUCUGUAGUCUUGAAAACUUCUAGAUAUUUUCUAAACAUCCAUGUUUCUACCUGCGGUAACCCUAGAUAAUGCUAUUGUGCCUCUGUAUCUAACACUGCUAUAUGCUGCACAUAGCCAUUAAAUGGCAUCAUUCAAUUUCAAAGGUGUAGUGUGGCAGCAGGUGAUAAGGAACACCUUGAGAAGAUCCUAGCUGCAUAAGACAAAUCAAACAUUUCCAGUAUUGUUUAUUGCAGCUCAUCAACAGGGGUUGCACUACUCGCGAUAGCCUCAUGUUAACACUUCAAACAUUGACUUCAGAAAUGUAUUUGGAUGUUCUUGUUUGAAGAGGAACAUGUUUAACAUUUGCAUAACCCAAGCCAGGCAUUGCGUCUCGUAAAUAAGUGGGGUAGAAGGGCAUGCAAAAUAUUUAUUUAGCUGCACAUCCGUAUUGUUAUACUGUAUCUUCUGCUUGAUCUCUCAGCCAUUGUGGUGCUAGCAAUUGUUUUUAAGCAAACUGGAAAAAAAUAUAUAAUCACAUCAAUGAUGCUCUGUAACCAAAACUGUUUUGCAUCUAAAGCUUAAAGGAAGUGAGGGAAAACCUGUUGUUUUCUUUUCAUAUAACAUUCAACAAAUUGUUUUGAUUUGAGGUGACAAUGAUGAUACUUACAUUUACUAACACUUUUGUAGAGAAACCAGUACAACUAAAUAUAGCCUUCCUGAGUUUGUACUUCACUGUUCCUUUAAAAUUGUAUUUUGAUACUAUUAGUUGUCAUUUGAUUCUAAUGUUUAGUUAUGGUGUAAACUAACCAAAAUCAGACAGGUGACAAUAUUGAAUGAGAAUUAACCAACAAAGCAGGUGACAAAAGUGUACGACUUAAAAAUUAGUUCUCCAUUUUUGCCAUUUCAAGUUGAGUAACAGCAUCACUUAACAUUGAAUAACUCUUUUUUUUAGGCCAUUACAAUUUUUCUAAUUUAGGAUAUUGAGUUGAGACAACAUGCAAGAGAGACAGUUUAAUAAUGAGAACUGUCAGUUCUGAUUAUAGAUUUUUGAUGUUCGAUUUCUUAUAGUUGCAGGGAACUGUACUAUCUUACGACCCAUAACAAAUACAUAGCCACCAUACUGUUUUUAAGCAUCAUUAUUGCCUGCUCUGGCUUGUCACUCGUUUCAUCCGUCAUCUGUUUGGUAAGGUUAGGCCAAGGAAAAAUAUAUAUAUUUUGAUUAUCACACAGGCACUUUACGUGAUGGAAGUUUGUUAAUAAACAAAGAUACUUUGUCACCUUAAGGAAUCACUUCAGUUAUUUGCACAGGCUGAAAUCCUGCCCUUCCCAAGAAAAAUCCCCCCGGCUGAAGCUCUCAGGAACUGGUAGGCCCAUGGUACAACAUCGUAAUUUUCUAUCCUCUACCAGACUCAGCACAUUCCUGAGACCAAACAUAGCUACAUUCCUGUGCGUGACAUUUAACAUCUGUUCAAGUUUACUUCAGACUUGAAAUGUUAUACAGAGAAUAAAAUACCACAUUUAUAAAUGUCAUAGUUGACAACUUAUUGUGCCUCUUGAACAAUUCCAACACAAUUAUUUGUUUAAUUGUAAUCCUGGUUUGAAAGGUGCACGUCUUCAAAAACAAGUGAACGAUGCUUACCUCCAGUUCAAAACCAUAGCAGACCUGAGCCACAGAGGUGGUUGGUUGUAAAAAAAGAGAAAUUGAAUGAGUUUAAAGAUGAGAAGUUACACGACAGGAUGCAAACAGUAAGACAAUUAUUUUACUUAAAGUGAACUGUUGAGUCAUACACACUUUCAGGUUUGUCAGGUUCAGAUGGCUUUCUGAAAAGAAAGCCAUAAAGAGGUCAAUGUUUAUGCUAAGCAUGGGUUGAACUGUUAUUGCUAUAACAUAAGCACAUAAUUCAUUUGGUAGGAUUGUACAUUCAGGAAUCUUAAAGGUUCUCAUCCCAAUAUCAAUAUGUCAAUUGAGAAAAACUUGACACACUAAAUUUAUUGUAUGAAAUGUGUAUAAAAUAAUUUCUUUGUAUGCUAUUCUUGGAUCAUACUGUCUUUAUUUCUGAUGCUGGAAACCUAUUUACAUCUAAAUGUUUUUAUUGACUGUGUUUUUUCUAAUUUAGAAUUCUGUUUGUAAAAUGGUUCUCUGCCUCCUGUGCGAAGAGCAAUGGUUUUGCUGAAAACCAGAACUCAAGUACAAAGUAUCUUGCAAGUAUACAAAGCAGGCACAUAAUGGCUUUUUCCUUUCCAUAGUUUUAUUUUUAUGAAUUAUGUAAUCUAUUUCCAAUAACCAAAAGUUAAAUGGUGUAUCAUGACACUGGUUUGAGAUAAACAAACUUAAGACUUGUAUCACUUCUCAAAUAAAUACAUUUGAUCUCUCCUUUAUUAACAUAA